CGUGCAUGCAGCUUCAAGUGACAGCGUCUGGGCACCGCUGAAGCUUUUGUCUUCGAGGGGAAUUUUCAAGUGCAGGAUAGGCGUCUGGAGCUUCUGUACCAGAGUACAGAAAAAAAAAAAAUUGAGCCGGUUCAUGUUCACCUACGACGCAGCAGCUAUUGCAGUGGCUAAAUGAAGAACUUGUGAACAUGCACGAGGGAAGGACCCUACCUUUCACUUCGGUGACUUCCCCAGAUGCUUUGGCCCAAAGAAAGAUGGAAAGGAAUGGGAAGAACUUGAGCCAAGGCUGCUGCACAGCACCCAUUCAGUGAGCCAACGGGAGAUCCUGCACACGCCACGUCGCUGAGCCUCUCAACCUUCCCUUUUGACCCCUCGACCUACAAGCAGCAUGACCUCAGAGCUGGAGAGUAGCCUGACCUCGAUGGACUGGCUCCCCCAGCUCAGCAUGAGGGCAGCCAUCCAGAAGGCAGACACAGGACACCACCACAGCCACCACCAUGGACACCACCACCACGGUCACCAUCACGGGCACGGGCCUGGCAAGAAAAUUGUCCAUCUGGAUCCAGGAACAACGCUGGACCAGGAGGAAGCUGCACAGCACAGAGAUGGUAAACCACCCUACAGCUACGCCAGCCUCAUCACCUUUGCCAUCAAUGGCUCGCCACGCAAACGGAUGACCCUCAGUGAGAUAUACCAGUGGAUCUGUGACAACUUUCCCUACUACCGAGAGGCGGGCAGCGGCUGGAAGAAUUCUAUACGACACAACCUGUCCUUGAACAAGUGUUUUCUCAAAGUGCCUCGCUCCAAAGACGACCCUGGAAAAGGUUCCUACUGGGCCAUAGAUACCAAUCCUAAAGAUGACACAGUACCCAGCAGGCCAAAGAAGAGACCACGAUCUGGAGAAAGGGCAUCUACUCCUUACAGCCUAGAGUCAGAGUCUCUGAGGAUGGACUGCAUCAUGUCAGGAGGGGCGUCUCCCACUCUGUCCAUCAAUGCUGUCACCAACAAGGUAGCAUUGUACAACCCCGAGGCGGAAGGCAGCGAGAGUCCUGGGAGUCUGGGCGGCAGCCUGAGCAACAGUCUUUCAGAGCAGAGUUUGGCGUCCGUCAACCUUAACAACCUGAACACGGCCGUCAGCAGCGGCAGCAACGUACACAGCUACACACCAGUGAGCAGCCACUCAGAGCCUUCAUCCCAGUCCCUGAGCCUUCAGCAGCCUGCCCAGCCUCCACCGCCUCCCCCUCCUCCCCCACAGCCCCAGUACGGUUUGUCCGUCCCGGAGUCACGGGACAAGCAGCUCUGUUUCUCCGACUUCGAGGACCUCAGCGCUUCUUUCCGCAGUCUUUACAAGUGUGUCUUUGAACAGUCUUUCUCGCAGCAAGGUUUGAUGGGUAUGCCUGGUGACUCCAGCCAGCAGGCCCGGACCGCGUGCUCUUACCAGCACUCCCCAGGUGCGGGGAGCAGCGGCGGCCAUCACCACCAACACAACCACGGCCAGGCGUCGCAUCACCCCCACCACCCUCAGCAGCACCUCUCCCCUCACUCCACCCAUGGCCAGCACCAGGCACACGGUCAGCAUGGUCAGCACCAACAACAGCACCCUGCACACUCUCAGCAGCACCCGUCUCUCUCCCACCAGAGUCAUACUGGACAGACUUGCUCCACAACAGGCAUUUCAUCAGACUGGUACCCCAACCUGGACUGGCUGAAGGAGAGCUGCCGCAUUGCUACCAGCUACAACUGGGCUGACGUAGACCUCUCCCCAUUUCAAGGUCUAAAGGAAAGCAUGCGCCAGGCUGAGCUCAACAACUGGUCGCUGGACGCUGCCCAGAUGGCCGACCUGUGCUCCUCCAUUAACCAGUUCUUCACAGCCACAGGGGUCAUCCCCCCACAGGGAGCCACCCACCCACAACCUCAGGUCCAACACCCGACACCACCAGGGGCAGCGCAGCACCCGGCUCAGCCACACGGGGCCAUGCACCCAAAGGCCAGCCAGCACAAUCAGCACGGGCAACACAGCCAACAUAACCAACACAUCAGCACGGGAAACAUGUACAUGGACUCAAGACAGAACAUUUCCUCUCUGAUGGGCCCACCAGGAUACCCCCACAUGCCUCCUAUGAGCAACACGGCUCCCUCCAUGACAGGUCAUCACAGCCAGCUGAGCCAGCAACAGCACACUCUGCCUCCGGGACACUUCCAGGUGAGACGCAUGCUUGCUGCAGAUGACAUCCAGGACGACUUUGAUUGGGACUCCAUUGUCUAAAUGGAGCGGUUGGUUGAACAGAGAGAUGAAGACAGAGACUGGAAAUGCGAGGGAGAGAGAGAGACACAGGAGACGUCACGUGAUGACAGGUGAGGUAUGGAAACUGGCCAACCUGCUCCUUUCACCUGUGUGAACAAACAGAAGACAAUCCAACAGAAAACAAAUGGAAAGUAAUUUUUUUCUGGUUUUGCUGGCCUUUUUUUUCUGGCACAAGUGGUUGAUGACUCAUAAGACAAUCAUUUAAAAAAAGAAAAGAGACUUAAAUGGGAUUGGACUAAGCCAAGAUGUAAACACACAUCGUCCAAAGCAAAAGAACGUCUGAAGCUCUCUGAAUUGUUUCGUGUUGUGUCCCCCCCUCCCAGCCAGCGCCAACAGGGUUACAAGUGUCGUCCAGUCGUCUGUGAAUUAUUUACCUUUCCUUUUCUUAAAUCGUUUGCGUUUCCUGCUGCAGCUUGUGUCCCGUGUCUGCAAAAUUCCAGCAACUGUGGCUGAAAAUGAAAGCAAACCUUGUCUUCUUCAAAGCUCCCUGCAGAAAAUAAUUUAACCCGUCACACACAUUAAACAGGUCUAAGUACUACAAGUAUUACAUCCUUUUUGAAGAAGGUAAUGAUGAUGUAACUGUUCAGCUUGAGUGGACCACUACCUGCUGAUUAAAACAGGCACCAUUUUGAUUCCUCCGACUAAAAAAAAAAAAAAAUUCUAUGCACCACAAUCAUUUUUUUUCUUUGUUCUCCCACAGUGGACACCAAAUCUAAACUUAUUUUUCCACUUUAUUUUAUCAUUUUAAAUGUUGAUGAUGUUUUCGUAUGUGUGGAACAGUCCAUGGUGCCAUGUUCUCAGGGUGUUACAUUCACAAAUAUCUUCACAUCCCUACCAUUUCCAUCUCUACACGUGAGGUUAACUGUGUCUUGUACGGUGCUGUCAGUGUUCAUUUCCUGUUGGCAAACGGCGAGCUUCCCGGUGAAGAGUUUCAAAUUUGUCAGCUUAUAAGCUAAGUCAUGUGAAAUACCAUGGAGUACGUUUUUCAGUAGUUCAAAAAACAGCCACUAAUUAAAAUUAAAGUGAGACACUGGCCAGACUUGGACUUUGUCAACAAUAACACAUUGUUUUCUGAGAUAUAAUUCAGUUUUUACUUUUAUUUACGAGCAGACAGAGAAGGCUGGCUCCUAAAAGAUGCCUCGUUUAGAAGAAGAUGAGCAGUUUUUUGCACAACAUUGAAGCUUGAUAGCAUCUAGUGAAUGAGAAAAAUAAAAGAAAAUGGUGAACAUUUUAUUUCUUUGUUUCAAAAGGCAUUAAAAAAAAUAAUAGAGCAGCUGCAAAAGAGCAAAGACUAAGCAAAAGUUUCAAAUAUACAACUUUUUUUUUUUUUUUUUACUGUGAUGUUUAAUUUUGUCUGUGUGUACAAGUGUGUAUAGUCCUCUCUGAUUUCCUUUAGCAUACAGCUCCGUACGGCUCAAAAAAUACACGUAAGAAACAAAUACUUUGUUUAUAUUAAGUGGGUACACAGUGAAAUAUGGGACCUUAAAGUGCUCUUUGGUUUGGAAGAUCUCAGUGAUUUUUCGGAUGGUCAAAACAAGGUCUCACUGUAGAAAAAAAAAAAAAUAGAAAAAGAAAAAUACUCUUUAUUAUUGCCAUUAAAUGCUGUAUUACAGUGACCAGCAUAUAUAUCUUGUAUGUUUAUGUGUUGUUGUCCUUGUAAAUAACAGUAUGUUACUCCUCUGUUUGCCCUUGAAAAACACAGACUGAUGAAAAGAAAGCAGCAAAUGGAGACAGAGUAUUUUGUUAUCUGUCCUUCAGGAGACACAGUAUGUACAUACUUUCAGUAUAUUGUAAAUAAGUGGUUAAAAAAAAAAAAACUUUGGCGUUGGCGUUUUGUGUGUCAUAAAUAAUCUGUGUAUGGCAGUUCAACAGUUAAAAUCUGUUUCA